AUGGACAGUGCCGUGAUUUCUCCUACCCCGGAUUCCAACCAGUCAACGACACCAGAGAGCCAUACGAAUGAUGUGACGCCGCCAUUUCACUCUACUAAGAACAUCUGCUCUCCCCGAAAGCAUCCAGCAGGCGUGAACUUCCAGCAUCAGUUGAUAAAGCCCAACGAGGAUCUCCAACGCUAUUUGAACUUCCAGCUGAUGACGCCGAAGUUGAAUCGCAUCCAUCACCUGUUAUGGCUCGCCGGUCUCCCGCGUGCAGCGCGCCCCCUCCAUCGCCAGAAACUUAUGAAGCGUACGGUGAUCCUCACGGAAUCGCCCGACGAGCAUCUAGUUUGGAGCCCCGGACAAAUCCUCAUCAAGCCAGUGCCAGAGUAUCUCCUCGAUCGCAAGUUCUGGGUGCGAAACAUCUGUCCCAAUCGCGAGUUGUACGCUGCCGCGUGCGGGCUGCUUUUAUCAUAUGCCUGGCUCGUCGCCGGGCUGAUCGAUUUCCAAAACGCCAAGGACGAGCACAUUCUUCCCAGCGACGUUAAGUGGAAGGCCUGGACGAAGCUUAUCCAGGAGGUUCUCGAAUGGAAGGACAAGAAUUAUGACAAUGAUAACAGCAGGAGUAGUUCCCUACCCGCACAAAAUAAUCGCUCGUUCCAGCCCCAGCCUGCAAUCAUCAACAAGCGUUACGAGUUUGGCGAGUUGCGUCUUAGCUAUAGUGUGGCGAAGCAAACCCAAGUAAACCACGAAGUGAAAGGAAGAACAAAGGAUUUGGGGCAGAGCCAAGCAGCUUACCUGGUUCUGAACUUUCCCAACGAGAUGUCAUUGGACUCUCCUCUAAAGCGAGUCGUGCAAUCAGUCACCGAUAACAUCCAUGACAAGGAUUCCGACGGUCAUCGGGGAAAGCGACCCAAGUUUGACAAGCCCUUAGGCACCAGCGGCUCCAGCUCCGUUCCAGACACGGACACUUCUCCAGGCUCUCUCGUGUCUGAUUACCACGUACAGGAUGCUUUACAGCUGGAAGACGACCAACUCUGCGGCGAAAGUUCGCCGCCGCCUUAUUCGGAGGCUAUCUCACCACAAGCGCUUUCGCCCGAACAUUUGCCUCCAGAUCCUGUCCAGGAUUCUCUCCAGCAAUGCCACAAUAAUCUUGUCCAGGACCUGCAGGGCACUCAGGGAGAGAACGCAGAUCAUGUAUGCUUCGGCAUGCUGAGAGAUAUCUAUGUUCAAAUCAAGCCUGCGCAAGACCUGCACUCUUUAAGCGGUGAUCAAUCAUUCGGAAUACCUAAUACGUUUGCUACGCUAGCUCUCUCUAUACAAUGGAACCGUGGCGACUUUCUAUCAAAAACGGGCACUCCUAUUGCGACAUUGAACUGUGAAACCCACCGUCAACUCAGCUCCAUCAGAGUCGAUGAGGAUCCGAUCUGGCUGGGUGUGAUGCCAAUGGAUGAACUCCAGCAGAGAAUAAGAGUAGUUAAAAAGCGUUCAUCUUUAUCAUCUUCUCUCUCUCCCUUCUCCACUUCCUCAUCCGCUGAUUUUUCGUCGUCAAUGGAGACGUGCAAAAUGAACAUCUUCGUCUUCGGUCCAUUGGUUAUCGAGGACGUUCUGGCAAGGGAACUUGGUUGGCACAGAUUAUACUUAGAUCAUCCAGAUCCAAUGCCCGACCAGGUCAAGUAUUAUAAUCCCCAAUGGUUCUACACAGAGGGGACACCGUUUUACGAACGGCUGGUUUCACCACCUAUACCGGGGACCGCUGAUCAGCAUCAGCACGAUAUGGAUAAUUCUGACGAGCCGGAUGCAGACAAGAGCGAAGACGAUGAAGAUGACGAUGCUGAUGCUCAAGCAGUUCCUGAUGGUUCUUCUAAUCUGCACAAUGAGGCGUAUAUCGAUAGCCGCAUUCGUACGGAGCUUAAAAGGGACAGGAGAGUGAACUCUGUUGCAGCUACCAGCGAGAAGCGGUCAGCUUCAUUCUCUCUCGAGAAACGAUCUAUCCGCAUAGUAGUAAGAAGAAGACACUUUGGCAUCUCGAGAAUCGGGGUUCGAGUGAGCGCGUGCAUGAUAUCCUCUCAUCCCGAAGACAUCCGUGGCGGCAUCCUUGCAGAUGAUAUGGGAUUGGGAAAGACCCUCAGCAUGAUCGCCAGUAUAGUGACAGGCUUAUCCUGCGUUGAAACAACAUUGGAAACCCCAGCAGAUACGAUUCCGUUUCCUGUAAAAUCCACACUUGUUGUCGUACCCACUGAACGAACCCUGCAAUGUUACAAAUAUCAUGGUCCAAAGCGUCAGUUCUCGCUCGCAUCGCCUCCUCUUAUGGUACUUGCAACAUAUGACACUGUCGCAGCAGAAUUCAGUAAAAGCGAGGGGGAAGGCGUUCUUAAUCAAGUUCACUGGCACAGACCACUUCCUGGUCGCUAUGAACCGCUGGAAACCAAUGGGAUGGGCCCACUGUUCGAGGGGCAGAAUUGA